GAAGUCUUUUGCUCAGAGAGCUCAGGAGCAGCUGUUUGCUCCGGUGCGGUUCGAGUCCACGUGGGUCCGCGGCAGGAGGGCAGGGGGCUGCAAACCGGCCGCGGCGAGGGGCGCCCUUUUCCAGGCGCGGGCGUCUCGGGCUACUCCGCUUCCUUCGGUGGGUGUGGACUCGCGCGUGGUGAGAUGGACACCCCCCCGCUCUCAGGUUCGGACUCCGAUUCUGAUGACUCUCUUGUCACAGACAGAGAGUUGCAGGAUGCGUUUUCCCGGGGGCUUCUAAAGCCAGGCCUCAACGUGGUGCUAGAGGGGCCGAAGAAGGCCGUGAAUGACGUGAAUGGCCUGAAGCAGUGUUUGGCUGAAUUCAAGCGGGAUCUGGAAUGGGUUGAAAGGCUUGAUGUGACCCUGGGUCCGGUACCAGAAAUCAGUGGACCUCAGUCAACAUCUCAGAACCAGGAUCCGAAAGCUGUUGAUCCAGAAGAUGACUUUAAGCGUGAGAUGAGCUUCUACCGUCAAGCCCAGGCAGCAGUGCUUGCAGUAUUGCCCCGCCUCCAUCAGCUCAAAGUGCCUACCAAGCGGCCUACGGAUUACUUUGCAGAAAUGGCCAAGUCUGAUCAGCAGAUGCAGAAGAUUCGACAGAAACUGCAGGCUAAGCAGGCCGCCAUGGAGAAGUCGGAAAAGGCUAAGCAGCUGCGAGCACUUAGGAAAUAUGGAAAGAAGGUGCAAACAGAGGUUCUUCAGAAGCGGCAGAAGGAGAAAUCACACAUGAUGAGUGCCAUUAAGAAAUAUCAGAAAGGUUUCUCUGAUAAAUUGGACUUCCUUGAGGGAGAUCAGAAGCCUGUUGCAUGCAGCACAAAAGAAGGCGCCAAAGGCCAGCAAAUGAGGAAGGGGCCCAAUGCCAAGCGACGCUAUAAAAACCAGAAGUUUGGUUAUGGUGGGAAGAAGAAAGGCUCCAAGUGGAACACUCGUGAGAGCUAUGAUGAUGUAUCCAGCUUCCGGGCCAAGACAGCUCAUGGCAGGGGCCUCAAGAGGCCUGGAAAGAAAGGAUCAAAUACCCUGGGGCAGAAGGCCAACUGCUGGGUGAACACACGUGAUCUUUCCUUUUCUGCAGAAAAGACCUGGAAAACGGACAAGAGAGAAAAUGAAGAGCAGAAGACACUAAACAAGCUGCAUCUUUGUAUACAAACACCAAGAAAAAGAGAUGGAGACGUGGGAUUUCACAAGGCAGUUGGAUCCCUUCUGUUAGCUUCUUUUUGUAAAAAUUCUUUUAAUAAACUAAAGAAAAAUUUUCAGAGAAAUAUAUAUUCUUGGUUAAAAACUCAGGACUAAGAGAUUUAGAAGUUA